AUGAACAAAGUCGGCGCCGUCUUCGCCGUCACUGAUGUCCACGCUUCUCCUGUUCAACGUGCCCAAUGCUCUGCCGAUAACCAAAACUACGUUGACAAUGUGACCUGUCCCUCCAUCAACAACCUCAACUCAUUUUUAACUUACCAGGGUGAUAACGUGGGCACCAAUGCCUUUGACGUUCUGGGAGAAGUCAACAAACUGCUCGUAUCCGAUGACCCAGUGUCCACUAUCAUCAAAGAUGUUACUGGUGGUAUUGUCACCGGAGUCACCGAUGGUGUGGUCUACAACCUGAAGAAUUUGGCGUCUACCAUUCAACAACUCGACCCAGACUGCAAGUGCAAUCUGGUGGCUUGUAACAACAAUCUCAACGAUGCCAAGGUACAAUGUCAACUUUCAUCCCAAAAUCCAAUGAUUCAAGAAGGUUGUGGUGAUGCUAUCGCCGCCUGCGCUCCUUUCUACAGUCGAGACGAAAUCAACUCAUUCACCGGCUGCUGCUCUCAGUACCAAUACUCCCCAGCGAAAUAG